AGUGCCUAGCGGCGCUCCUCGACGGCCGAGGUGGGGGGCUGCCGCCGCGGCCGCCGCUGCUCUGCUGCGCCUGCCUUCCUGCCUCGCCCCCCGCCCGAACCGGCCGGCCGGGCCCGCUGCUGCUCCUCCCCGGCGAUGAGCGCUCGGGCUGCUGGCGCGGCUGGUGCAGUGACCAGAGCGGCGCGCACGGAGGCGGCGACGGCUCGUCAGGCGGAGGAGCGCACGAGCGCAGCGGCUGCAGCAGCCCGGACGCAUGGAGGGGCCGGGAGGGGCCGCCACCCCGGGUAAGUGCGCCGCUCGCGACGGAGGACGCAGCCCCCGCGGGCGCCCUCGCUCCCUCCCUUGGUGGAUCGCCGGAGCAAGUGGGGCCGCCGCCCCGCUGCCGCGGUGAGGGGCUCCGUCUCGCCUGCAGCGGGCGCUGCUGCGCAGGAGCUGCCCCAACGGGCAGGAGGGCGCCUCGGACGCUCCGAGGGGGCAGUUGGACGGGGCCGCUAGCCUCUCCCUCCCCGCGCUGGCCAGGAAGGGUCCCCAAGUGGAUUGACCAGUCCCUGGCCGCGAAUCAUAGGGAUCACCCGGCCGGUGGCUAGUUGGUGGUGACUCGGGCGAAGGGCGCCUUGGGGAUCCCCAGCGCGCGCACCCAACUUAGGCGAGGAGCCGCGGAGUGUGUCCGCGGAGGAUGGAUGGGGCGCGCAGUGGGGUGUGACCGGAAUGCUCCCGGAGUGGAGUCUGGACCUCUGGGCCGGGGAGGGUGUGGCUGCCUUGGGCGCGGUGCGGAGGUCGCGUUUGGGCACGUUUGUCCAUUGCCGCUUUGCAAGAGGCUCCGAGGUGAUGCUUGCUUGGAGGGCUCGGCGGAGCUGGCUGCCUUGCGGGGCGCCUGCUUGGCACUUGGGGCUGCAAGUAGCCUGGCUGGCUGCUUUAAGUGGAGCGGGAGGGAGGCAGCAGUACCAGGGGUCUUGCCCAUGGCAAGUAGGCUGCGCGCUCUCCACUUUGCUCUAGGCUGGAGAAAGAUCUCUUCCCUAUCCCUCCUAGAAGCAGGCAGAAGGUCUCUCAGCUGCCCCAGCUGUGACAGCUCUCGAGGGUAUCGUCCUGUGCCACAUCUGGAGCCCAGCAGGCGAGGAAAGGCAGCCCAGCAGCCCGAUGCCCUGGCCAGCUUCCCCUGACUGGUUCUCCGCUGCUGGAGGGAAGCGCCUCCUCGCUGCUGCCCUGCCGCUGCUGCCCUGCCGCUGGGAAGAUGCUGAGACAGGCCCAGCAUCGGAACCCGCAACGAGGGCCCCCUUGUGCUUCACAAGGGCUCAGGACGGGGCGAGUUGGCCCAGGACCCCGCCGGGCUUUGCUUGUUUUUAAUUAUAGGCCUCGCGCAAGAGCGCCCUUGAGCAUGUGCAGAGUUCCUGCCACUUUUCGCUGAAUAAACUCAAUCAGCACCCUCCCCAGGGCUUGAGCUGCUGAUUGAUGCGUGUCUUGCCCUUUUACCCCAACUCUCUUGGCCACUAGCAGGGGGCGGGAAGGGGUGCUGAAUAAUAUUGGAGAGACAAAGCAUGAAUUUCAUUCAGGCCCCUGCUACCUUCCUCCUCCCCUCACUCCACUCCAUACACAUUUAUGGAAAGGCUUCCAUCUCUGACUGGCCUGAUUCCUGGCAGCUCUUGCUUUGAGUAUCCGCAGCCAGCCAUCCUUGUACCAAACGCGCAGCUACCAUCAGUCCAGGCCCGGUGACCUGGAGCGCCUUUCACGUAAUAUGAGUCAGCAGCAGUUGUGAGAAUCUCCACACGCCCCCACUCCUCCAAGCCCCCUUCCUUCAGCUGGAGGGGGCAGGCUGGGAGAGGAGCUGAGAUGAUGGGAGUUGAGAGAAGCAGGUAGGCUCCCUCCUUUUGGGGGGGAGGAUGUAGAUUGGGGAGGGGGCUGCAGGGGGAAGGGGCAGCCAGCGCAGAGCAGCUGGGGUGAUUUCCCCAGACAGCUCCAUUCCUUCCAACUCAACAGUCACCAGCAAAUUCUCCUAAUUGGAUUCCCUCUCAACAUUCUCCGUUAGGGAUGUUGUCAGAUUUAGGAGCCUCAGAAGAAAGAUGCAAUUUCUGAAUCUGGCAAGCAGAUGCUUAACAUUAAUGCCUUAUAAUGCAUCGGCAUGAUUUUAACAUUUAAAGGCGCACACAUUUUCAAACCUGAUUCCAAGAUCUGGCCAGAGGCAUUUCAUCAGACACCCAGGGAUGGCUCUAGUAUAGUUGGAGUUAGCAGAACCUCUCCUGCUGGAGUCCAGCCCUGGGGUGCCACUUUACAUAUACAAGGCUGGCGCAGACCAGCCUCCUAUUGGCACAGAUAGGUGAGGAAUAUAUUGAGCAGGAGGAGUCCAGGCAUUCAUUGGCAGGAGCAGCAAGGAACUUUUCUCUCUCUCUCAAGGCAGGGACCUCCUUCCCUAGGGUGAUCUGUGGGGUCUAUAUACUGUUGGUUGGCAAAACAGAUAACAGCAGUGGGUGGGGCCAGGGUCAAAAAUGGGCAGUGACAUCUCCUUUUCUUUCUCUCCUUGCUAUCCAUUUCCCCCACUGCUGCCUAUUUUCUCUCUCACUUUUAGGCACCCCUUCUUCUCCACCUCUCUCUAUCUGCAGCAGCCCCUUCUCCCCUCUCCCCUGCCUACCACUGUCUCUUUCUGGCACCCUUUGUUCUCUCUGUCUUUUUGACAUCCUCCCCCCCCCGUCUUUUUCUGACACCCCUCCUCUCUCUUUCUGACACCCCUCUUCUUGCUUCCUCUCCCUCUCCACCCAGCAGACUGCCAGGGGAGGAACAGAUCCCUCUUGUCAGAGGCCUGAACUGAUGGCUUGCAGAGUGUUUUUGCAAUGAGCCUGAGAGCCGCAGAUUUUCCCUGCCCCUGCUUUGCAGCCUACAUUUCUGACACAGAAGAGGCAACAGAGGGAGGGAAGGGAGAUGGAGACUGGUGGGGUAGAUGGAGAAGGAUAUGCAUUCAUUUCAGAGGAAGCAGAAGAGAUCAUAAAAGCAGCAGGCACAUGAGAAUACAAAACCUUAUCUAAAACUCUUUUGUUAGAGAUAGAAACGCGCUAUGAAGGAAUGAUUUUUGCAUUAUGGUGCUCCAUUGGGGAGCAAGCAGAAAUAAGAUCCUUUAACACAGCAUCUCCCUUCUUUCCUGCCCCCCCACCCCCAGCAGCAGGAAUGACCCAAAAAUUUCCUUAUUAACAGUGCAUAUCCUCCUUUAGAGAAAUAAAUCUGACAUUUAGAUGUGGCUGUUACUAGUUACCUCCUGAAUCUGGGCUACUGUGUUUGUUUUGAGCCACUCAAAAGCAUGUCAGUGAUAUUUCAAAAAGGAACCAAGGCUUAAGGAUGAGUCAAUACUGUAAAGAAGAAAAGAGGAUCCUGGCUCAGACUGGCAACUUCUGCUCAGCAAGAAGAGUUGCGGGGAAUUGUUGUCCUUUCCCCUAGACUGGAAUAACAUGUGAAUCUAUAUAAUAAUACACAUACACAAGCCAAGAGUUGGCAACUUGGCACCCAUGAGCACAAUGGCACCCUUGAGGUCUUGCUUGGGUGUCCACAAAGGCUUUUGGCCUACCCACCCACAUUCACUGUCUUAUUGCCUGUGAAGUUGUGAGGGGGGUGGUCCUACUUUCUCCCCCUUGAAAAGUGUAUAGCUAUAGCACUAAAGGAGGAAGUUGGAAGAAUGUUGCUCUUUCCCACAUCCUCUUUCACUUCUAUGUGUUUUUCAAGGCUCAGAUUACGUAUUUUAUUUAGAUCCUUUGGAAAAGCAGAACGCAUAUGUGUGCGUGUGAGCAUUUUCACUCUUUCUGUCUCUUGGGAUGGGGGCUGUUCUAGGGAGAGACGGGAUAAGAGGCAUUGGCACGCCCUCAAAAUUCCAGAUGUGCCCAGAAAAUGGUUCCCAUGCCAGGUUUCAGCUGCAGAAUGAGGAACAUGUUCAGCACCUCUGAACAUGUGCAGAGAAUAUUUUGUUUACCACUGGGAUGCAGCAAAUCCCCAAAUACUUAGCUGGUAAAACAGCUGUCUUAAUUUUGUUUAGAUUGGUUUUUAUUGGUUAUUAAGAUGAUUUUAAAUGGUUGCAUUGGUGGCCACUUUACCAGGAAAGCAGACUACAUAUGUACGCAGAAAAUUAACCAGCAAAAUCAACAAACCAAUGGGGGUGAGUUUCAAGACAAACCGUAGCCAUGGUACUUCUCUUUUCUGGAGGAAAAAAGCACUCCCUACUGGAGCUGUUUGUAAGGUGGAAUCUGCUGAUCACCACGAGCUUCUGCAGGUUAAACAGGCAAUUCUGACUCAGCAAGGAGUUCUGCAACCUGUAGAAUGGGUUGGAUGAAAUGCAAAGAGUUUGGACAGAAUCCAGACACAGUUAAAUAAACAGCUCUGUUUGGGCUAGGAGAAAACCGUGUUUGUUCUGUCUCUACUGUUGGAAAAGGACAGUGGAUGCUCUUGGAUGUUGGGGGCCUCCUUUGAAAUGAGCAUCACCUCUGCUGGCAGUGCUGCACCCCCAAAGCCCCUUCAUGACUCUUAGGUUAAAAAACAACCAGAUUGUUACCCACACUAGUCCAUGUAUUCCCCAGGGCCACAUCAUCCCAAUCAAAUAGAUCAGAGCAUGCUGACUGCAGAACUGGCAAAGCAGCAGCAGCAGCAGCAGCAGCAGCAGCAGCAGCAGCAGCAGCAGCAGCUUUGGAUCCAUGGCUUGAUUGCUCACAAGUAGUUUGGGAGGCAUUCUCAAACCCCAAAUGUUGUCAGCAGCUCAGGAAAAGAAGAUGUUGCUCUCACUGAAAUUCCCCCUUUCACUGCCCUUGCUUUGAGCUGGCUAAAUGGAGACUUCUUGUUCUCUCUGCUCAACGCUAAUAGUUUCAUUGCCCCUGGAGCAAGCAAGGGCUGUGGGCUCCCUUUCCCCUUAGCUCCAGUCCAUUAGGGAAUAUUGCCCCUCGCUUCAUUCAGUGCUGCUAGUACAUCUCUAUUGGGAAUCAAUGCCCAACUCCCCCACCCUCCUCCUGCUGGGCACAUUGCGCUGCUGCUGCACAUCUGUGGAUGAGAGGAGGAGGCAUGGAAAUUAAAGAGCACUUUGUUUUUCCAGCGUGAUGUGCAGGGAUGCUACAGCAAAAUUCUGUAAGUGCACAUAUACACGCACACUUGCAAUCAUGUAAGGGUACGUUGGAGGACUCAAAUUCAGGACACAAGUGCUGGAGGAGGGUAGUUUUGUGGGGGAGAGUGAAGUAAAAAACGAGAGCAGCGUUGACCAUGGAUCUUCCCAGCACAUCAACAUGCAUGCUUAGCUAGCUGGGAUUUGCAUUUAUGUUCUGGGUAACAGCACCAACAUCCUGCCUGUUAAUGAGCGGGUAGGACCCAGCCUGCCAAUCAUUUGUGGCACAAACCUCAUGUGCCCCUGUUGUAGGGUGCCAGUUGCCUGAUAGCUGGCACGGUGCUGGGGCAGUGCCUGUGUGUGGCCUUGGCACAAUGGAUGAGGCGGAGAGUGAUUUCCCAAGCUCAGAGGUUCUGCUUUUCUGUGUCUCUCUAGCUGAGCCCUUUAUAUGAGUGGACUGUGCAGACACAGCCUUUCUGGCACCAGCCAUGAUGUAAAGAGGGAGAGGGGGCACACAUGCAAAGUCCUGGCACCUGGGGAGGGUCAUGUGUACCACAACAAGCCCCUGACUUAGCUGCCAACACUGGGCAAAGUGAACGUCUCAUCAGAGCAUCUGGGGAGACCUGAGCUAUGACCUGCAGGGAACACCAAAGAAUAGGAUUUACUACAGGAGCCUUCCCCAACCUGGUGCCCUCCAGCUGUUUUGGACCACAAUUCUCAUCAUCCCCAGCCAGUGCUGCUGAUGGGAAUCAUACACCAAAACAGCUGGAGGGAAUCAGGUUGGGGAAAGCUGCUGGCUCAGAGUCUCUCAUUGUGUGACUGUUCUAGACUCUUGUGCAAUUGCAUUGCUGGGAUUACCUGCACAUACCGAAGCCAAGGCUGCUGGCAUGUCUUCCACCCCUUGGGUACAAAACUGAUGGCUAUGGAGUAGGGGAUCAGUGGGGAGACAUCUGAGCACACACAGCCCAUGGCUCACAGUCAGGACAGUGGCUCUGGUGGCAUCUUCCUUCCUCCUGACAGACCAGCCUUUGUUCUGGGUCUGCCUGCCGGCCUGCUCUCAAACAGACCAGUCUUUUGUCAUUGCAACUCCCAGCAGCAGCUGGUUCCUUAGCAGGAGCCCCAGGUUCUUGGUACCCAUCUGUAAAUUGCCCUGGGAGAAAGUGCCAACCUUUCUUCCUUUGCCACUCUUCAGGCAAAGCCAGCUGCUGCGCUUCCUGUUUUGUCGCACACCUCUCUGGGUAGCUCUAGGAGUCCUUUUAGAGUUAUGAGGCAGGGGGUGCUUAAUACUGGGGAAGGGGGAGAUAAGGCCCUUCCCCCUUUCCUGGAUGAGCUCUUCAUCCAAGGCUGAGCAAACAGAAGAAAGGGCAAGGAGAAGGAAGGAAACAAGGGCUAGGGAGGGGUGUAUCAGGUGUCUGCCUAUGCAAACACAGCCCCUUUGUUAAUAGCCUCACAGCUGCAAAGAGCCUCUUGCGGCAGAUUGUGCAGCUUUGCUCAUUUACCCCCUUUUUCAGUUUGGGGUGCCCAUCCUAGAAGAAAGCUGCACAAUGAUGCUUUGAAGCCUGGAUAUCUCAGUUGGUUAGAGCGUGGUGCUGAUAAUGCCAAGGCUGCAGGUUCGAUCCCUGUAUAGGAUAAGGUUACGAGAUGUCCCCGUUUCCCGGGGACAGUCCCCGGAUUUACAGCUUUCUCAGCAUUCACAUGUACAUAGCAAACAAUAAGUGUCCCCGGAUUCAUUUUAAAAAUCUGGUAACCUUAGUAUAGGACAGCUGCCUAUUCCUGCAUUGCAGGGGGUGGGACUUAGAUGAUCCUCCGGGUCCCUUCCAACUUUACAAUUAUAUGAUUCUAAGACCAUGAGCCCGCAGAGGUGCAUCUGUGUGGCUUGGCUUGGCCUGAAUGGGAGCCACAUAAAGAGGGAAAUGGGAAGGGAAGAUGAGAGGACAAAGACCACAGGGGUAUUGCAGGUUGGCAUUCCAAUUACGUAAAAAAGAGGGCACAGAUUUCCAUAUGAAAUUUUAUAUGUAUGGAUGUACAGCCAGGCAUCCUUUUCUCAUAGUAGCUACUCAGAUGUCAGUGGGGAACCCUCAAGCAGAAGCUGAGCCCAAGAGCCCUCUCCUCACUUUGAUUCCCAGCAACUGCUGUUCAGAAGCAGGUUGCCUCUGACUGUGGAGGCAGAGCAUGGCCAUCGUGGCUAGGAGCCACUGACAGACUUACCAUCCAUGAAUCUGGAAGGCCUUUGGUUGGCAGAGGCUUGGUUAAGGGCUUGGAGCCGAACAGAAAGCUAUUAAGGAGUGAGGCUGCAGGAGGAACCUGCAGGAAGAGCAACAGCAAAUAUCUUAAGCUGAAGUUUAAGUGGCAGAACCGUGGGAGACGCUUUUGACAUAGUGCCAGUCUCUGCUAGAUGCAAGGAGGGGAUAAAACACACACACACACACACACACACACACACACACACACACACGGGGGAGACAGCCAAGUUGCAGCUAGACAUGGUUGACGCGGCAGGCUGGAUUAAUCCUUGCAGCCGAAUUCAGCACAGGAGGGUGAAGAAAUGCAAAAAUGGAGAGCCAAAGAAAAGAGGAAUGCUGUAGUUCAGCCGAAUGGUGACCCAACAUCUGAGCUUUGGUAGAAGCGGGAGGUGGAAGUUGUUCCUUGGUUUCUCAUCUGCCAUGAAUAAGUUGCAGGAGUGGCCUGGAUAAGGAGCUGGAGUUUAAGGACAGAGAAGCAUUAGAAAAGCCUGUCCAUCCUCCUGUUCUCACAGUGGCCAAUGAGGUGCCUGUGGGAAACCCUCAAGCAGAACCUGAGUGCAAUAGCACCCAGCAAGUGGUCUUCAGAAGCAUUACAGCCUCCGACUGUGGAGGCAGAACCAUCGUGGCUAGUAGCCAUCCAGGCUGGUGGUCAGUUUAGGGGUCUGUUCCCAGAAUUCGCUGCAGAAACAAAGGGCAGUCCCGCUCAGUUUCCUUCCUGCCAAUUGGUGGGGGGGGGGCUUGUAUGGGAAACAGGCCUCUCCUACCUGUUGGCCACCAAGCCUAACUGUAUCCACCUGAACUGAAAAGGGAUGCUGAUGCCGGGUGGGUCUGAUCAGGCCUGCGUAGUGAUUCUCCCUCUGCUCUCCUACCAUGUCUCCUGUAAGCAGAUGCAAUCCUUUGUCGUUUCAGAGCUGAUUAAAGGGGCCCAAACGCCAGAGCGGCUGGCCCCCAUUAUUGUACCCAUACAUGGACUGGUGGAAGAGCCCCACAGCCCCCCUGCGGAGGAAGAAGGAGGGAUCCCAAUCCCCACUUCCGGGCUGCUGCAGGUUGCGGAGCGCAGGCGUAAGUAAAACCUGGAAGGAAGGAGUUGGCUCUCUGCUGGCUGUAGGAGAAGGCAAAGAGCUUUCUGGGCCCCUAGCCCAGCUCAGCAACUCCCACUGAGACCCUGGACUCCCUUACAGCUGCAUCUCCUGGGAGCUACAGAAAGGCCCACCUGGGAGCUUACCACAAAUAAGAAGCAUACUUUGCAUUCAUUUAAAGUGCAGAGGCUAAAAGGCUGAGCUACGGAAUCAGGAAAGUCCCCGGCUCAAAUCUUGCCUCUGCCAUUAACUCGCCAGUGUUCCCUCUCCGGCCUCAGUCUGCAGACCAUCUGCAGUGUGGGGAGGGCAUGUCCGAGUCCAGGACAACUGACCCUAUCAGAGGGCCUUCUCAUAUGUUCCCACACUGCCUAACUGGUCAUGGUUCUCACUGACAUCUUGUCUCCACAGAACCUUUGAGCAGCGUCUCCUCCCUCGAGGUGCACUUUGACCUUCUGGACCUAACUGAGCUUACAGACAUGUCUGACCAGGAGCUGGCGGAGGUCUUUGCUGACUCCGAUGAUGAGAACACAGGCAAUGAAUCCCCUGCUGGUAAGCGUGCUCUCUUGAUUGAAUCUUAAACCAAUUAAUUAUGCAAGCUUUAAAAUGGAGGAACUAAUUAGUCAAUUCCAACUGCAUACAUCUGCAUAGACCUAAGAUAGCUCCAAAGGCUGGGGGAGAAACAUGUUGGGAUUCAAAAGAGGGAUCAGCAAGCUGUGGCCCUUGAAAUGUUGCUGGACUACAACUCCUAUCAUCCUUGACAAAAGAGUGCAAGACGAGACUGCUGGGUCGAGCCAAUGGCUGCAGAUCUAAUGAUCAAUGUGGCACUCAUCCUGCUAGGCAUGUGGGCAGAGGCAACGUCAUACAAAUUGGCUUUGCAAAGCAGCUGAGCAAGUGCCUUAUCCGGGGGGGGGGGUGUCAGCUGACACCUUUCCACCCAUCCCACCCUCUAGUAAUCUCACUUGCAAGUGUGAGAUUACUUAGGAGAAGCAUAUCUGGAGAGGCGACUCUGCUCUCCAGUUUUGAUCCUAGAAAUUUUUCUAACCACAAACAAAGUUGCCGUUUCUGCAGCUUCUUAGAAUGCUUUCCUUUUUAUACCAUAGUUCCUGCUGGCCAGGAUUAAUGUUGUUACCCCAUUCAGUAGGAUUUUAUUGAUUUCAGUAUAAUUCUGGUCUGUUGUUCCCCUCCCCAGGCUUUAAGUUUAACAAGAAGCAGUUCAGACAUGAUGCCACAAAGGGCCUAAGCAUCAGAUGUAUGCCCUGAGAUCUGUUGCCUUCCAACCUAAAGCAUAUUCAUUUGCAAAAUGGCAACUCUGUAUGGUGGCUUACGGCUCCGCAAAGUAUGUUUCUGUACUCAGGUGCCCUAAUUUCUUUUUUCUUUUUCGUCAUGCAUCUAAUUCUCAAAAUUACUUUUUUAAAAACUGUUGAUGUUCAGUGCACAAGAGUGAGUCUAUGAGGCCCAAUUCUUGCAGCGCAAUCUUAUCCAUCUCUAGCCAGAGGUAAGUCUCACUGAGUUCUAUGGUGCUUACUCCCAGUUAAGUGGGAACAGGAUUGCAAACAGAGUAAGAUGCUUUUAAUCAGCUAGGCAAGAUCUAGGGCACAAAGACUAGGGCAGUGGCGGGGGGAAGAGUGCCUGGCAACUGCCUUGUGGGGCUUGCACAUCACCCCAGGCAGAGCUGCUGCAGCAGAAAGGUCACCUGAGCCAAUCAACCCCACCUGUGAUGAUAAGGAACCUAAGCAUGGAGUGACAGUGUGAAAUCUGCUUAAUCAAGCAUGCCGGUAGGGGUGUGUGUGCGCCUCAUUAAGCAGCCCAGCUGUGCCAAGAGUCUCAGAAAACAGAUAGCAUUUGACAGGUGUCUCAGAAAGGGAGACACUUUGGCUUAGAGGAUGUUCUCUUUGAUUGUGGAAAAUAUCAAGCUUCUCCCUGGGGCAAGCUGGUUCUCCUCUUAGUGAUGAUGUCCUCAUUAUCUGCUUGAGGAUGAUGCACAAGCUAUUGCUCUAGGGGGGGCUUGUGCACUGUGUGUGUAGGGAGGAGGGAGGGCUCCCCCAUCCCAUGAUUCCAGGCCCUCUUCUCCUGCCCCUCCCAGAGCAAUGGCACGAUGAGCAGCUGUGCUGAGAGGGGUAUGAAGAGGGUGUCUGCGAUGGUGUCUGCGGAGGCAGCAGCUGCAUCCCACUGACACAGAUGGAGUGGAAAUGCAGAUCAGCCUCCUUGGUGGGAAAGUGUGAGUGGAAUUAAUGAGGAGAGUUCCCUGCACUCUCAGCAGACAAGAAGAGGCAGGGAGGGAAAUCCAGGCUGCAGGUCGGCUUUUGGAUUUGUUAUUAUCGGCCAUCAUGUGCAUGGAUCACUCAGAAUGAGGCGAGCAGACUCUCAAGGGAUCUGCCAAAAACACCCAGUGGAUCCCACACCUCUGUUCUACUUCUUCACAGAAAAUGCGGGGCUCAAAGUCCUCCCUCUUUCACUGGGAGGCUGCGUCUGGAAAGGGAGCUUAUUUGAUUUUGAGCAGGCCUUUCAAAAUGUAUUGGCUGCACAGGCCGCAAGUUCAGCAAGAGAGACCCACGUGAGCUGCUCAUCAAGGCCCCACGGAACUAGCUGGAUGUGUCCUUUGAUGUGGGCAUAGCUGGGAGCUGGCGUUGCGCAUGACUAGUGCCCGUCGCUAGAGUGGGAGGACUUUGUGUUUCUCACUGAGAAUUUUAAGUUGGCUACUGUUUUAAUCUGCCUCUCUUCUGCUCUGUUGUUGUUUUAUCUGCUUUGGAUAUUUGUUUUGUUUUUAUUGUACAUUGCUUCAGAUAGCUGCCUUUGACACACAGUAUGUGGAAAGAUGGGUCAUAAAUUAAGGGCUCGUCCAAACUUGACUUGUAUUUUUAUUGCAUUGUGCCCUGAUUACCGUACUUUUCCGUCUAUAAGACGAGGGUCUUUAAUUUAAAAAUUAGCUUUAAAAUUAUCCCUUGUCUUAUACUUGGGUAGUGCAGAGUGGGGUUGGGCGAUUGGUUGCAGCUUCGAGCAGGAGAUUCUCAGUGGCGAUAGUGCUGGUAGUGCUGAUGAUUGGUGGCUGUGAGAAGGACUGCUGGCGAUUAGCUGCUAUUUGCCAUUUUCUUAAUUUGGAGUCCCCAAAAAUAGGGGGCGUCUUAUACAUGGGGGCGUGUUAUACAUGGAAAAAUAUGGUAAUUCCCCAGGGUCCAAGAGGUUUUCUCAUUGUUCUGCAGCUGUGCCUUGCGAAAAUCAGUUCUUACCCAGUGAACUGGAUCUUCGUAGAUGCAUAGAAAAUCUGAAGAGAGAUGUUGCUUACUGAGCUAUUGAGUCAAUGGGUACAAUGGAUUUUUCUCAAGGCACAGCCACAGAACAAUGGGGAAGCUCUUAGACCUGGGGGAAUUUGUUGGUACACAAUGCAAUCAGAAUACGGGCAGACGAAAGGGUGGCUGAGCCCUGAUUUUUGCAAAAUUUCCAAGAAAAGAAAGAAAGAAAGAAAGAAAGAAAGAAAGAAAGAAAGUAAGUUUUGAGCUUUUUAAAAUAGGGAAUUUGCAAAAAAACAACAACAACCCAACACUUCCAAUGUAGGCUGUCAUAUACCUGGAUUUUCCCAGGCAUUCUAAACGAUUUCUGAAAAUUCUGCCUGGACGCUAUUUUUUGUGGACAAAUCCCCGGAUAUGUCUGGGAAAUUCCGGACAUAUGGCAGUCCUAACGAAAGGUCUGUCGGUGUGAGGAAGCAACCAGGUGUGCUGGUCAGUCCCGACCUGCCUUUCUUUCUCUCGGCAUAGGUCUGCACCCCCACCCCCACCCUAACCCCCGGGCUGGCUACCUGCGCUCCCCAUCCUGGACGAGGUCAAAAGGUGAUCAGGGCCGGGAGAAGAAGCAAUUCAGCGACUCGGAACUCCAGGCCAGCAAAGCAGACACUUUCCUUACUGUGGAGAAGCCGAAAGAAGAAUAACGAGAGCCAGAAGCCAGACCAAGGUGCCAACACUUACUCUUGCACUAACCACAAAUUCCAAGCAAUUUGUGACCUUAAGAGACAUUCAUUCUGCCUCCUCCUCUGCCUCCCUUCCUCCCUCCCAGGUCAAGACAUUUGCCAGUCUUGCUGGUUGUGUAAAAAUCAUUUCGCUUAGCCCCCGGCCAUGAGUCACAUUUGCCCAUCAGGACCUUCUUUGCAUUGCCAUCAACACCAGGCAGCAGAUGCCACGUCUAGGGGAGACGGCUGCGGCCCUGUUUCCUUUAGGCACUUUUGAACCUUCUGCUGCUACCUUCUCAACAAAGCCAGUGGCGAUGGACACACCAACAAGAGGCUACCUUGCUGGGGACGAGUAGAAACGGGAGAGGGAGAGCGGCUUGAAGCACACAGCAAUAGAGAAAAAGCUCCCCUUCUUCAGCCACGUGCCUUGAGCAAUGCUGGGGUGAUGGGAGGCAGCGUCUCAGCCAGGGAAAGGAACCUUGUUAUACCAAAGGAACCCGGGGGAAACUCAGAACCAUUUCUACAACACUUCCAGGAUAUGCGGUGAAGCCAAAAGUCCAGCUGCCAGGAGGACCUGCUGGGAAAGGGUGGAACCAGUCCUCACUUCCGAAAGCACAUUUUCUUCCCAGUGGCCUUAACUCCCAGCUGCUGCUUUGGGGUUUUGGUCUUCUUAGCACACAGCAUCCACAGGCUUGGCCUGGCUCGGCAUCAGGGCAGCUGCACGCUUCUCCUCCUGCAACUUUGUGCAUUCUCAGGAGGAGGACGAGCUCCCUCCACAACAACUGCUUUGAAGCCAGAAAGUAGCAGGACCUAACUGAGCAGCUAAGCCCAUCCUAUGGUACGUCCCCUUGUGAACUGGGGAGGCCUCUUUGUGCUGGUGGAAAGGGGCACGCUGCUGAGACUGCUUCUUGCCCUGUUGGGCAUUAAACCAGAAGCUCUCAGCCAAGUGCUGGACCCAGCUUGUGUUUUCCCUAGUGGUGGCACUCUGGUGCCUGAAUGCCCUUGUAGCAGUGACAGGGAGUUAGUUCAGUCUCUGGGGUCCCCUUCUGCACAGGCUCCUCCCAAGGCUUACACACCCUCUUGUACCCUACUGAGGUUUUUGGACCUCAGAAACUUUGGGGGCCCAGUGUCCAGUUUACCGUACCUUCCUCACCAUGGCUGGUCAGCCACUUGGUGUUGCUGCUUGGCAGACUGGGCACCUGCUGUUGGCACCCAGUUAGCUAGACCCAGAGGGUUGCACCCCCUCUCUCCCCCCCCCCCCCAGUCUCCCUCUCCUCUCCUUCUCAGGAUGGGAAAGCUAGGAUGGGGCAGGAACAGCAGCUUCUCUCUCCCAGCCCGACACCAUUCAAAUCAUGUUGUUCCAUUCACUUUGCAAAUGUGCCGCAGUCCUUACUGUGUUUGCUCUCGAAACAUGCCUGUCAGUGACACUGAACCGGAGGCUGAGAGGUGGCGACUUGCAGCUGAGGCCAUUCAGUUAGGUGGGACCACAGGCCAGAGCUCAGCCCAGCCCUCUAAUCCAUCAACUACACUGACUCUCCAGACCUCCAACAGAGACGGGGGUACCGCACAAAGCCUACAGAGUAACUGCACAGCCCUGUUCUGGGUGACUGCAUCUUUCUGGGGGAGGGAGUGGGGGGGUUAGAGGCUCCACAGCCUGAGACACCGCAGUAGCCAUGGGCGAAGGGAAUGCUGCAUUUCUUUACAGCCACCAAGAGAGGUGGUCUGGGCCUUAGUUUAAAGCCGGUUUCCUUGCCAAACAGAUCAGAGGGCGACAAAAUCUUCUCAUGCAUUCCUGGGAUGAGUCUGUAGCAAGCAGCAGCCUCCAUCCUCUGCAGCAAAAUGCUGGCAUCUUAAGGCAAGAGGGAUUUAUGUCAAGACAAAUGGAGCUGCAGAUGCCCUCCUUCCUCCUCUUUGGGAAUUCAAAAAUGCACAGCCCUCAGCCCUCUCCACUUUGCCUGCCACGCCAGAGGAGAUAAACCUUCAAGCCCCAUUGUGGAGCGCAGAUGACGAGGACUCUGAGGCUUGUCCAGAGUUUCACGGCUUAACAGAUAAGCAUCUGCUGAUUGCAGCACAAGCUGAUCUCACAGCCAGCUGAAAUGGAAAUGCUGGUGUAUCAUGAUGCCCAGAUGACAUACGAGCCACCAGGGAAUGUGUGUGUGCAUGUGCUGAGAGGGGGCUCAGGGAGAACAGCAGCUGCCUGCUUCCCAAAUUGAUCCUUUGCUUCCACAGCCAAAUUCAGCUGUUUGCAGGGAUGCUCUCAAGUGCAUCCACACCCUUCCAGUUCACGAAACCCAGUUUGUUGUUUAUAACACAGGAACCAGAAGCCAAUCCUGGAACCCUGAGUCCCUGUGCCAAUUUAAGCUGGAUCUAACUGGGGCUUGUGGCAGAAGAGGGACAUCACCGAAAAGCAGCCUCUUCUGGAGGACGUGAGGCUGGUUUCAUCCUUGCUAUGAUCUGAGGAACAGUCAGCUUUGUUGGCCAAAGUGGAGGCAGGAAGCUGCAGCAGAGAUACCACCAGAUCAGCACAAUUACAGAGGCCCAGAGGCAAGGGGAGCAGGGGAGCCAAGGCCACACAGCUCUGCUUGGCCAGGACAGACUUCCCUGGCGCGCUGCAUUUUUCUCACUUGGCACAGCGACAGCAUCAAGGCCACUUGAAGGCAAAGGCCACAAAGCUCUUCCAGGUGGCGAGUUCAAGUUUCCAUCAAGUCCAGCCCCUUCAUGCUUGGAGACUCACCUCUGGGUUGCUCACUCUUGGCAAAGCACAAUUCCUGUGGCCUUGCAUUGUGCGCAGGUGGGAGAAGUCAGCCUCAAUAAGCCUGACAGAUCACCCCUGGAGCUGGAGGCUGUCCUUCACAGCAAUCAGGGUUUCUUAAAGCCACAGAACCAAAUUUUCUAGGAGCAGCAGCUAGAAUGACCCAUACCAUUCUCUCGCGCCCUCCUUCCUCAUGCCAACAGGUCCAGCCAGUUGCUUGUUUGGGGGCUCCUUUGCUCCCUCUGCAAUGCUCAGCACAUGCAACAGUAUUUACCUGGGCACAGAGGACCAACCAGAGCUUUUCUGCAGGCACACAAUGAACAGGGGUCAGGAAGGCAGGAGGUGGCACUUCCAGAUACUUCUUGCCCAGCUCUUGGCCUCUCAUUGGGCAAGGUGUAAGAGCUGGCAAAACAAAGUCUCAGUUGCUCUGACUGAGGCAGAACUACAGCUUUUACAGGAGCCAAUCAGAAGUGUGCUGGAUAUCACCUAGCAAUGACCCAACGUGUCCUUUGCUGUUCUUGGGGCUGGGCUGCAGCUUUGACUGUCACACAAUCCACUUGCCGGUGCCAUGAGCAGGAAAACUGCCAAUUGGCCUUGCAGACCCAGGUCUGACCUUGAUGAUGCCCUGCACACCACUGUCUUGUCAUUCACCCAACAGACAUGUGUAAUCCAGGUUUCUGCACUUGGGGUUUGAAGUUUGAAUGUGCCCAGUUAUGAUUUAUUGCUGUCCCCCCCCUCCAACCCCUGGGGUCAGACAGCAGUGGCCUCUAAAACUGUGGAACAGACCUAACAAUAGAUCACAGCGUGUAUCCUGUCCUGGCAAUGUAGUCUGAACCAUUAAAGCAAAAUCAUUGCUUUUUCUGUUGUUUUGCUUUGUUCUUAUGAAGCAAGGAAACAAACAAACAAACCCACAUGCAGAAUAAAACAGGCUGUUUAUCAAAUAAAUACACUUGUAUUCCCAAGUUCAAUAGACUCCUUCCCUAGUCCUUGCAUGGAAGGAAAGGCUGCUGAAGUCAGAAUCCACAGCACAAUGGAAGUGAGGUGGGGGGGGUGCUGUAAGUUUCCAGCUAGCAGCUGCAGAGCCCACAAAAUCUGCUUUUUGCAAACUGUUUUCUUGCUCCCUACUGAUAACACUGAGGCUCAACUGGGGGUGACUUGUGCCCAACCUGAUUUGUUCCCCCUCAUCAGUGGCUUCGUCACAAUCUGCUAAUCCUGCACGCCUCCUUCAGCCUCCAUACCUCCCAUUUUACCUGAGAUAUAUAUUCAGUAGUGUCCACACUGACACAUCACACCACUGCUAUCUGUAAUGUUCUUGGUACUUUAUCUAUUGCUCCUUGUUGCCCUCCCUGCAGAUCUGCUUACCAAGGCUUGCAUAUCUGCCUUUGUUUACAAAGGAUACACGUUUUCCUCUUUAGAAACCUGGUUGUCUUUUGGGGGCUGGCUUUAGCGUUUCAUUUUUAAAUUAGGUUACGCUUGCACACACUUCAGCAGCACUCUGUCUCUCCUUCUAUACAGGGCUAAAUUUAAAGCUGAAGAGGAGAGAAGGGGAAACCUACUGAACUGAGUGCAAGCCAAGAGGCGUCUCAGAGGUGCCCACAAUCCAUAUGACCUCUGCUCAAGACCCUGGAGAGUUGCAACAGUCAGGCCAGGCCGGCCUUCCCCAACCUGGUCCUCUUCAGAUGCUCUGAGCUGUUUUAUUUAUAAGAUUUGUGGCCCGCUGUUCAACCCUAAGGUCCCAGGUCAGGUUUUAACAACAGAAAAGACUAUAAAAACAGACAAAACCAUUACAAUUACUACAGCUCCCAUCAGCCCGUUCUGAAACAUCUGGAGGACCCCUGGUGGGAAAGGCUGGGGUAAGCAGCAUUACUGGGCAAGAAGGACACAUAAGUCUGACCUAUACCUAUAUGGUAGAUGUGGGGCAUCUUUCAUGUGAAAAUGUGACUCCCUGCAAAGGUUCUCAAGGACAGGGAAAGAAAAAAGCAACUCAUCAUGCAGAAGACGGCUCCUAUGCUGGACUCCUGGAAGAAGGUGGUGUCCAAACUUAUUUUGGUCUUUGAAUGUUGCAAAUAUGACUUUCAGUAAAGCCAGCAGUUUUGCUGAGCUAAUCAGCGUUGUUUUUGCUGAGUCACUUUUUCAGAAGCCGGUCGGUCAAACGCUUUGGAACGGCCAGCAUUCAAGUGAGUAAACAGCAGAAGCAGCUAGCAGUGGGGGUGGAGUGGAGGCGGGGGGGGGGCAAGGCUGACCCACAGGUUUUACAUGGGAGGCUUUGCCAACGUGGGGCAGGGGGUUCAGGAUGACUUCUGCCCAGUGGGCAUUACAUGGGCAAAUGCCGGGUUGAUUUGGCAUCUGGCGGAAGGCUGGAUGAAGUGGUUCCAAAGGCAGCGGCUACAAGAGAGUUGGCACAACACACCCACAUCAAAACCCUCACAGGUACGAAUUCUAAGCCUUUUGGCGACUGAGCACAAGGUGCCAAGAAAGGAGUGCUGGAAGUGGUGGUGGUGGUGGGGUGAGUUGGGCUGCAUAGCCUCCUGCCCUGACUGCUCCAACAGUGAUCUAGGAGACAGAGCCCCGAAGCCACUAAGAUGUCUUGCAUGGAAGCCCACUGGUUGCCCACCAUAGGUGACAUUUCCAAGGCAAAAGCAGCAGGAAGUAAAGGGCCCAAAG